GCAUGGCUGGAUGGUCCUGAACGUGACAGUAGCAGCAGCAGCAGCUUGGACCACUUGUCCAGCGUCCGGUUGGAGGGCCUCGGUAAUGGUCCGUACCGUGGCCACCGUGGGUUGGGAUAGUGCGAGCAACCACGAACCCGCUUCCGAAGCAUGCUAGUACCGCAUCCGCUUCCGACUACGGUCCAACAACGAUCGCGUUGCCAAUGAAGGCACUCGGGAGACGCACGGACGGACGGCAACACGAUCGGCAACUGACGGUAGUCUUCCUGCUUCUAACGAUAUGGCUCUCCGGUACGAGCAGAAUGUCACCGUCUGGAGUUGCGGGAACCGGUGCGGUACCCGCUGGCUCACUCAACAAUAUCACCUAUAGCAACAGCUUGGUCAAGACGAAGUAUGGACCACUGCGUGGCAUCGUCUUCCGAACGGUACCGGUGGUCGUCGAGGGCUUCCUGGGUGUACCGUACGCGUCCCCUCCAAUCGGCAGUUUGAGGUACAUGCCUCCGGUUACUCCGUCUACGUGGAAAUCUCCGCGUUUGGUCGAUCGGUUUGCCCCAGUUUGUCCGCAGAAGCUGCCCAAACUGGACGGCACCGAUACGGGAGUAUUGGGGGACCUUCCAAUCGAUCGACUGAAGCAACUCCGACGGCUGGUACCGACACUGGUCAAUCAGUCGGAGGACUGUCUGUAUCUCAAUCUGUACGUGCCACACGCAGAUGAUACCGCUCAUCGGCCAGAUCACCUCAAACCAUCAAUUGUAUAUAUCCAUGGCGAGUCCUACGAGUGGAACUCUGGCAACCAUUACGAUGGUUCGACACUUGCAAUGAACGGGAAUGUUAUCGUAGUUACAAUAAAUUUUAGGCUAGGAGUUUUAGGUUUUUUGAAAACUGGUGCUAAGGGAAGUGCUCAAGGCAACUUCGGGCUGAUGGAUCUCGUGGCUGGUCUGCACUGGUUGCGCGAGAACUUGGUCGCGUUCGGGGGCGAUCCGGCGAAGAUUACGCUGAUGGGUCACGGGACGGGUGCGGCCCUCGCCAACAUUCUCUCCGUAUCACCAGUGGCAGGCGAUCUAAUCCACCGUGUGGUCCUGCUAAGCGGUUCCGCACUGUCACCGUGGGCUAUCCAGCGGGAUCCACUGUCCGUGAAGCGGAAAGUAGCCCAACAGACCUCAUGCACAGGCGACGUGGUGAACGAAGAUUUGGCCCCCUGUUUGCGGACCAAGUCACUAGCGGAGCUUAUGAAUAUAUCGUUGAGUAGUCCUAGAUUUUUGCCAGGAUUUGCACCGUUUGUCGACGGAACCGUCAUAACACCGGCCAAAGCGGCCGUUAUUAAUAAUCUUAAAAUACCGACCGACUCCGCGAUCGCCAGUACCAGCGGCAUCGAGUUCAGCAACUUCCACAAGCAGGACGUCCUGUUCGGGCUGACAACGUACGAGUCCUACCUCGAGCUGACGGCCGCCGAUCUCGAGUUCGGCUUCAACGAAACCAAGCGCGACCGCAUUCUGCGCACCUUCGUACGCAACACCUACCGGUACCAUCUGAACGAGAUUUACUCCGCGCUGAAGAACGAGUACACCAACUGGGAACGUUCGCCAAGAAGCGCCUAUGGCUAUCGGGAUGCAGUGUUGGAGCUGUUGAGUGAUGGACUGACGGCCGCUCCAUUGGUUCAGCUAAGCCAUCUGCACAGCCUGCAGGGUGGACGAUCGUACUUUCUACACUUUAAGCAUCAGUCUCAUGAGUGGAAAUUUCCCCAGCGGAGUGGUUCCGUUCGAGGCGAGGAUGUGCCUUUUGCAUUAGGAUUCUCACCAUCACCGAUGUUUCCACUCACCCUCACCAGGCUGGAUAUGCAGGUCAGCAGUACGGUGAUGCGCUAUUUGUGUAAUUUUGUAAAAACAGGAAACCCGAACGGGCUCCGUUCACCACGAAUGGAUGUGUUCGUAAACAGUAACAAUAAGCGUAGCUGGAAUCCGGCAAAGAAACCACACAACGAGACGCUCAUGCGUCAGCUCCUGUCGUCCUUUCGGCAGCAGGAUCCGCUUCAACCACGAACGCCACUUCCGGCCAUCGUUGGACAAUCUCUGCUUACACCGGAGCAGGCGUUGAUGCAGCAACAGCUACAGCAAUACUACCACAAAGAAACCGUCAACCGCCAGCAGAAACAUUCGCGCCGGAAGCGAACGAGAUAUUCGAACGAUUUUCAACGGUACAAUUCAGGCGAAACGGGCGGUUAUGGAUCGAGCGAGGAGAGCGGGCUGCCUGGAGGAGCGAACGAGGGUCCGGAUGGUGAUGAGGAUGGUGACGAUCGGGAGGAUGCGGGAGAAUCUUCUGCUGGGGGGCGAAGCGAGACUGAACCGAGCUAUUACAGUGUGGACAGUGACUAUGUGUACAGUGGAUUUACCACCAUCAAGUACAAUCUACCGUUCUGGGGACAUUACGACACCACCAAUCAGGUUUUCAUGGAAAUAGGAAGUCAAGUUGUGCCGAAGAGUCAUUACCGAGGACAUAAACUUUCGCUCUGGCUUAGCCUGAUUCCACAACUGCACUCUUCCUUCAACAUUCCCGAGCUAUCGAUGAGGCAUCAUCAUUUCAGUGAAGAGAAUCCAAUGUUCUACGAUGGACUCGUGCGGGAACAGAUCAUAGAACCUCCGCUGAUGCACAUCGGCUUCGUAACGUCGACCACCUCUAAAAUGCAUAAGACGGAAACGAUCGCCUCCACCAUACUGCAAUCCAUUUCGACGGAAUGUCCACCAAAUAUAACCUUCAUCCAGACGGCUUCGGCAUCCUGGCCGCUGCACAAUUCCGCGCUUCCCGCCCAACAUGGCGACUCCAACCGUAGUCUGAUUAACCGACUGACGAACAGCUACCAUCGCAGCUACUCGACCGCCCUCGCCAUCACAAUCGGUGUCGGGUGCUUUCUGCUCUUUCUCAACGUGCUGAUCUUUGUCGCGAUCUACUAUCAGCGCGAAAAGCGCGAAAGUAAUUCCCGCAUGAAGAUCAAUCUGCUCGAGCUCGAAUCCCGUUUGAAUGUGGUCGAAUCGUCGUCUGGUGCUGUGGCGGCUGCUGCGGCGGCCGCUGCCGCAGCCUCUGCUGCGUCUGGCGAUGGGCAACAGCUGAAGGAGGAAACAUCCUUCAGUACCACUCACGCACAACUGCAACAGUCGCUGGAAACAGAUGAGCAAGUGUCUGUGAAGGGAGCAUCGGGGCGGGUGGGUUCUAGUGCCGCUAGUGCUACUGCUACGACCGCAAAAGCCGCUCCAAGCAGUGGUCCUAACAGCAUACAAACAAUCGAACUCUCGCUGACACCACACUAUCACGGCCAUGGACAUGCUACUUCAAUGCGACGCAGCAGCACUUCCGCGAUUAAACACUCGCACAAGUGUGAACUCCAACAGCAGCAGCAGCAGCAGCAGCAGCAUUUGUACCAUCAUCAUCAAUCGUCCUGCAGCAAUCAGCGUACGGUUUCACCGAAGAAAGUCUCCAUUGUAUCGCCGAACCCAUCGGACGAACAGUCCUCAUCCGGAUCGGCGUCAUCGCUUGGAUCCGACCAUCCAGCCGCUCCUGCUCAUCCACGUGAAACCAGAAGCUAUUCCGUCGUUAGUUUACCGAAGGAGCUUUGCAAUCAAUCGACGCAGUACGAUCUGGCAGAAGUUUCGCAUCUGCUCGUUACCUCGACCGAUCCCGCACCUCGACCAACGAUGACCAGUAUCGCCACCAUGACCAGGAGGCGGGAUUUGCGUGAUGAUUUCCGAUCAACUCCUGCCAUCAGUGGUAGUACCCGCUCGUUAGUAACGUCCAAGGACUACACGCACCGUGACGGAACAGAACUUCUGGUGCAGGGUGGUAGUGGUGCGGGCAUCUUACGACCCCCGUCAUUGCAUCAGCUUCAUCUUCAUCCUCAUCAGCAUCUGCAUCAUCUACAUCAGCCGCAACAACCCCAGCAACAACAGCAGCCAAUGGAAUCCUCCAGCAGCAGUAAAAAGCGUGUACAGAUACAGGAAAUUUCUGUGUAAAAAUGAAAUCUUCCUUUCGC